GUGCACCAGCCGAGGGAGGUAUUUUACACGCUGGCCAAGUACAGGGAAAAGAUCGGAGACCCGAAGAAGACAAAAGCGAAUAUCGUGAAGAUCAACGUCAAGAAAAAGGGCAUCAUGCAGGGCGUGAUUGUCAGGGAAGGUGAAGACGGGGUCUACCCCAUCACCCGGGGCCUCGUCAUCGACGUCACGAAAGAAUACACCCUCGAUGACGGCUCCGCUGUCUUAGAUGAGGCGCAACUGGACGACAUGACGGAUAUCGGGUCCGAAGCAGAAGAAGUCGCGGCAGCCGUGGAGGAUUCAAGCUUUCCUGCAGUGCCUUCCAGCGGCGUGCAGACUCUGGACCAGGCCUUCAAAAACAAAGCCAAGGCCGAGAAGGGCGACGACGAGGACGCUGGACCCUCAGAGAAAAGCUCAGAGAAAGGCUCAGGAGGGACUUCGGGGAGCUCCUCGAGUGACCAAUCCCAGUCUGAGUCGGAGAAUGAGGGCGAUGGCAAGGAUGGUGACGAUGGAAAUGACGUCCUGAAGAGGCGCAGGCUCAGCGCGAAGUCUGAAGCAAAAUCAACUGCGUACAAAGGCACGAAGUCCAUUGCAGGAGGCACCGUUGCUGGCGGCCGCCCCAGCAAGGGGGGUGCGCGGUCAAGUGCCCCUGCCAAGAAGGCGGACACUGCGAAGCCGGAAGGGGGGGAUGACGACGACAUGUCGGACGGGGAACCUGACGCGGAGGCCACGAACAUCAUCAGCACGGCGAACGAGAGCUUGAAGAAUUUUUCGGAGGGGAAAUACGCGAAGACGAAGGGCCGCGAGCUGCAGAAGAUCCUUCGCGACUGGAAGACUUUGUCGGCUUCUGGGAAUACAGCGUGGAGGAGAAUUGCCGUGGCCAAGGGCAGGCUGGCGCGCGCCCAGGCCCCGCCCCUGAAGGAGUGUUUGACCAAACAUGACGCGAUGACGGCUUUCAUGAAGACGAUGUCGUCCUUCCCCAACGUCGUCUUCGGCGAGAUCGAGAGCCAAUACAAUAAACUGAUCCAGGCUGGCGUAUGCCCCCCUCCCGCGAUGGAGGCAGCCAUUACUUCGAAGAAGAUCGAGGACCACCUGUCUAGCAACGCGCUUGACGAAGCCAUAAAGCUCUUGAGCACGUCCGCCGCUCCAGGAGCAGCGCCGGGCGAUGCAAGGGUGUGGGGCAUCCACGCGAUCGCCGAUCGCCAGCUGCAGACAGCCACGUGCCAGGAUUUGGCCAUCAAGAUAUUCGCAAAAGUCUUCACGUAUCGUAUAGCUCCAGACAGGACGGAGAACGAAUGCAUGAAGGAUGUGAUGCCGUUCCUCAAUAUGUUUGACAAUAUUUCUCUUCCAAGAGCAGUGGAGGAGGACGUCAAAGCUAUCAAGGAGAUUGUCAAGUACCAUGAUGGCGGCGGCUUCGUGACGGAGGAGCUGAAGAAGUACCAGCUCAAGGCGACGGCUGCCCAGGACCCCAAGCGCACGGAGAACACAGUCCUGAGCACAUUCGCAAUCUCGAAGAUCGGACGCUCAUAUGUCAAGGAGGUAGUGACCGCAUGCAGGUCGGCUCUGAAAGACCAGAGCACCAUGGAUGAGCUCGCGCGGGCCAAGCAGCAGGUGUGCGACCUCCCAGCCGACAAGGCUCCAUCCAUGGAGAAAAACGGUCUCAAGAACGUCGCUGACGCCAAGGACACCCUUUACAGCGUCAUCGCCAAGAUGGGGGGGCACAAGCACGAAUCGAUGUGCAAGGUCCUGAAGGAGAUCACUGACCAGUUAUUGGGGAGGUUCAGCAAGUACGCCGCUGCGGGCAUCGUCCAGAUCUUUUCCACCGCGGACCCCCCGGACGAGUGUAAAGAGGCGCAGUGGGCAUUCAUAGUGGUUGACUGGUAG